AUGUUUGUCAUCGGAAAAUUGGUCACGAGACAAUAUCGUUUACAUAUUCGCCACUUAAUUAAUAAAAACACAAGAUUAAAUUCUGCAUUAAGUGUAAAAUUAAAAACUGCAAACUAUACAUCGUACAUACGAGUACCUUGGGCGCUGACAUUGUUGAAAAGAACAUUGCAUACAGUAAACAGGGAAUUGGACGCUAUGGGUCUGAGUCCCCUUGAUCCGUCCUCAUACUCAAGGCCUGAACAAGCUGUUGUAAAGCAUGUGGACUUGAAAUUGAAUGUGGACUUUGAUAACAGACAACUGAGUGGUGAAGCUCUACUGACGGUUAAUGUAUUAGACUCCAUCGAAGAAUUGAUACUUGACUCAAGCAACCUAACAAUAGAAUCCAUUGAAUCCGAAGAUGGCAAAGUAUUAAACUAUAAAUUGGACGAUCCCGUACCCAAUUAUGGAUCCAAAUUGACGAUACCUCUGCCGGAACCGGCUACAGUCGAUCAGAAAAUUAAACUAAGAAUAAAGUACAAGACUUCGCCAACUGCGACGGCCCUACAAUGGCUGGAGCCGAAACAAACUUCCGGCAAGAAGUACCCAUACAUGUUCAGUCAAUGUCAGCCAAUCCACGCGCGGUCCAUCCUGCCCUGCCAAGACUCACCUGCUGUCAAAUUCACGUACAACGCGGAGGUGACAGCGCCGGAACCUUUUACGGUGCUCAUGAGCGCUAUCAAGGAAAACGGAAGUGCUAAGGCGACGUUCCGACAACCAGUGCCGAUCCCCUCGUACCUGCUGGCUAUAGCUGUUGGGGUGCUGGAGUCGAGGGAACUUGGGCCGCGAACACACGUUUGGUCAGAAAAAGAGGAGAUAGAGAGAAGUGCAUGGGAAUUCGCGGACACAGAAAAAUACCUGCAAGCGGCCGAGAGACUGUGUGGGCCUUACCAAUGGACUCAGUAUGAUCUGCUGGUUCUACCCCCCUCUUUCCCCUAUGGGGGUAUGGAGAAUCCAUGUUUGACAUUUGUGACUCCAACACUUCUUGCUGGAGACAGGAGUCAAGCUGAUGUUAUAGUUCACGAGAUAAUGCACAGCUGGACUGGAAAUCUGGUGACUAACACAAACUUUGAACACUUUUGGCUGAAUGAAGGUUUUACUGUGUUCUUGGAGAGGAAGGUCGGCGCUUCUCUUAUCUCUGACAAGGAGGAGGCGCACCGCAGCAGAGAUUUUAGCAGCCUUUUGGGCUUACAGGAGCUGACAGAAACUAUAAACCAAAAUUUGGGUGCGACAAGCCCACUUACCCAGUUGGUGCCAGACUUGAACGACACGCACCCAGACGAUGCAUUUUCGAGAGUCCCCUACGAGAAGGGUUCACUAUUUCUCCGUUAUCUUGAAGAUCUCGUUGGUGGUCCAGUGGUGAACUUGACUGGUGUUCAUCCGGAUGAUGCUUUCUCUACUGUCCCUUAUGAGAAGGGGUCCUUGUUUUUGAGGUAUUUGGAGGAUCUGCUUGGUGGAUCAGCGGUAUUCGAUGAUUUCCUUCGCGCGUACCUGAACAAGUUCCAACGACAGUCACUAGACACCGACCAGUUCAAAGCUUAUUUGCUGGACUACUUCAAGGACAAUGAUGCCCUCAAGAAGGUUGACUGGACUACCUGGCUCCACAAGGCGGGUAUGCCUCCUGUUAUUCCAGACUACGACACUUCAAUGACUAAAGCUGUGACCGCUCUCCUAGCCAAAGUCAACGAUCCCAACAACUCCUUGGAUUACAAUGACGUAAGGAUAUUCACGCCGCAGCAGGUCAUCAACUUCCUGCAAGCUCUGAUCGACCAAGACCCACUUCCGGUGGAUAGAUUGCGCACCCUUGGCGACGCAUAUAAUGUUGCCACAAGCAAAAAUUCAGAAAUCACCUACCGCUGGCUAAGACUGUGUAUUAGAAGCCGCGAUGAAAGUAAAAUCGACGAAGCACUACAAUUCGUGAAUAGUCAAGGGCGUAUGAAGUAUGUGAGACCGGUAUACAGAGAUUUGUACGCGUGGGAAGCCGUCAGGGAGAAGGCAAUAGAGAAUUUCCUUAAGAAUGAACCGAACAUGAUGCAUGUCUCUGCGUACACUCUAAGGAAGGACCUGCAUCUAAAAGAGUAA